AUGGGCCUACUAAGGCAAUUUGCCAGGAAAAAUGAAUUUCCAACCUUUGCCAUCACUCUGCACAGACAAAAAAUACAAUCAUUCAUACUGGUAUUAAUGUUUAUUAAUCUAUAAACGGCAAGUCAACAUUUACAGCCUGAUGUAGUCCCUUCCUUCCGGCGACAUGUCGCUGCUCUGAAAUGACCGUACCGUGCCAGUCCUGUCACGUGUCACUUGUCGCGUAUUGCCAUUUUACCUGUUCAAACAAACGGCGGAACUAUCGCUUGUUGCCAUUUGUCACACACUUCUUACGAAAACAGCCAUGCAGUCCGGACACAUGUUUUCUGGUGCUUUCGCAGUUGAAGAGAAUUCAAUCGGUUGUAAAUGGAAAGAACCUCUCAGGUGCCAUGCGACGUCUGUAUUGAAUAAGAUUGUCUGAAGGAAACAUUUGUGUAUUUCAUAGACAGGAGUUAGUCAACCAAUUUUUCGAGUCGGUACUUCUCUGUAAGUUUCGCGGACACGUACUGUAUCCUGGAGCUGUCUGUAUCUACCGUACGGAGAUAGAUACGCUUCACGGCAAAAUGAUGCUUUUUCAGCACCUGUUGGAAUUCGUUGCUGUGUUGAUACUUUUUCUUCUCACCAACCGAGAGGUUCAGGGGACUAACAAACGCUUUACGUUCGCCUUGGUGUUUCCCGAGGACACGGAGCUGGAAGCUGUGACAAAAGUCGCCGUGGACAACAUAAACUACGGGCCGGGAUCCCUCCCCAACAUCACCUUCAGCUACGAGUACCGCAGCAGCAGCAUAGACGGGAAAUGUGACGCUUUCUACGGCAUGACGUCGUUUUUCAGCAUCUUUCUCGGCCCGUCCCAGACGACGACGGUGGGGUUGAUCGGUGUAAAGUGUGAGGACAUGUGUAAAGUCAUGCCUGAGACCAUGACGCGGCUGAAGAUCCCUUUCAUUUCUCCCUUCUGUUCUACUCCCACCGAACUAUCCGACAAGACCAAGUAUCAAACGUUCGCUCGGACGACAUGGCCGGCCGACAAGACCACGGCCAUAUACACCCAGGUGGUCACGCACUUCGGCUGGACCAAAGUGGCCGUGGUUGCCUCUCAGGAGGUGUCGUGGCAGCUGCUGGCCAGCCACCUGACCAUUCAGCUGCCCGAGAGAGAAAUUCAGCUGAUCAAGCGGAUCAACGUCGAGCCAGGUGCGAGCAGAGACACGAUGAAGACGAAGCUGCGAGAAGCUGCGACACACUCUCAAAUCAUCAUCCUGUGCGUGUCGUCCCUGGUGCACCACGAGGAGAACGGCGGGGACGAGAGGCAGCUGAUGCUGGCGGCGCACGAGCUGGGGAUGACCGACGGAUCGUUCGUCUUCCUCUCCCUGGAGAGGAAACCGAUCACAGACCUGGCCAUCUUAGAGAGAGCAUGGCGGAUGAACGACACAGAAGACGGAAAAGCGCGGGAAGCCUACGCCUCUCUUAUGAGACUGGGCUGGACACUGGCCAUCGGCUGUGACCUUAAGGAGUUCCAAAGAAGGGUCAACGACAAGAUGCCUGUAUCUGAACAUAUCAUUCCCAAGAAAGGAGACGACAACGGGUACAAAACCAUUGAGGACAUAGAGAGGCUGGUAGAGAUGUCUAACCUGUAUAACGCCGUACAGUUACUGUACCAGUCCUUACUGAGAACAUUCGCUCCGGGACUGAUCCACAAUGAUGGCCGGGAAGGGAGGGCUGACGAGGGGUCCGGGAUGCUGCCUGUAAUUCCAGAUGCCUUACCUGAUCCAAAUGAAAUCCAGAUCAGUAAAAACAUGCGCAACAUGAGUUUUAUAGGUUUCUGCAAUGAGACAGUCUACAUGGACGAGGAUGGCGACAGUGUUGGUGACUACGCCCUGUUCCACCACGGCGUUAAACAGGUCCGGAUGAUAGCACAGUACAACAAAACAGCCAGGCAGUUCCACAGUCUCGUGGGCCAGUCCUACCAAAACUGGCCCGGAGGAGUCUGGCCUCCCAAAGACGAGCUGCCCACAGACAGCGGACUCACUAUCGACUCCAGCACCAUCGUGGCGGCCACCACCACGUCCCUGCUGGUGCUCACCCUCGCCGCUUUCGCCGUGUUCUUCAUCAUCAGGAGGAAAAUGGUGAAGAAGGAAGUGUGGCAGAUGAUGUGGAAGAUAAACUACGAGGAGUUGACCUUCAUUGACCCCGGUCGGAACAGGCACGUAAACCGGCGAAAGUACGGGUCCCGGAUGUCCCGCACAUCACGCACGUCCCGCUCCAGUAAGUCGUCCGGCCACACGUACGCUGACCCCUUCUGCUCCUCCUUCUCGAACGACCUGGAGAUGGUCGAGCUGCUGCACGACAAGAAGAAGGUCAACGCCGCGCACCACAAGAAUUCCAUGGUAGCAGUGAAGCAUGUCCCUCCUGAUGAGUUUGAGCUGACUCCAGCUCGUCUUUAUGAGCUUUUCCAGAUGAGUAAGAUUCGCCAUGAAAACCUGACCCCGUUUGUUGGAGCAUGCGUGGACGCGCCCAACAUCUGCACCGUUAUGGAGCUAUGUACAAGAGGGAGCUUACAGGAUAUUUUGCACAACGAUGACAUCAAGUUGAAUUGGAACUUCAAGUCGUCUUUCAUCACAGACAUUGUGAAGGGUAUGGACUUCCUCCACCGCAGUGCGCUAGUGUCGCACGGUGACCUGAAGUCCUCCAACUGUGUUAUCGACUCGCGGUGGAUGCUGAAGAUCACGGACUACGGAGAGAUGUCGGCCGGCUCGGCGGUCCGGGCACGGGCCAGGGGGGAAUAUGCCGCAAUGUUGUGGACAGCUCCUGAACACCUACGGGAGCCUGUGGAAACUGCCAGUAAGAAGGGUACCCAGAAGGGUGACGUGUACAGUUUCGGGAUCAUCCUGCAGGAGAUAUUUGUUCGGGGCGCGCCGUACUGUAUGAUGUCACUCAUGACGCCGCAAGACAUCAUAGAGAGGGUGAAAGCUCGGACGAGUCCAUUGUUCCGCCCGUGGGUGAGGGACGCCAUGGUACCGCGGCAGUACAUCUCACUGAUGGAGCAGAGCUGGGAGGAGGACCCGGAGGCCCGCCCAGAGUUCUCUUUGAUUGACACUGCCAUCGGGCAGCUCAACAAGGGCCAACGCAGUAACAUCGUUGAUCACAUGUUCUCCAUGCUGGAGUCCUACACGAACAACCUGGAGGACCUGGUGCACAGACGGACUGAGGAGCUGCGGGCAGAGAAACACAAAACCGACCUCAUCCUCUACAGGAUGCUUCCAAGGGGAGUUGCUGACAACUUGAAAGCAGGACUGCCUGUGAACGCCGAAGCGUUCGAGACGGUCACCAUCUGCCAUUGCAACGUCAUCAACCUCUCAUCCAUCUGCUCGGAGCUGCAGGCGAUGGAGGUGAUUGACCUGAUGAAUGACCUGUACAACAGUUUUGAUGAGGUGUUUGAGCGCUAUGACGUGAGCCAGCUGGACAGCGUUGCUGAUGCUAGUACGAUGGUAGUGUCCGGCCUCCCUGUCCGGAAUGGAAACAGACAUGCUGGUCAGAUCGCCACCAUGGCCCUGGACCUGGUCAGCACGGUCUGCGGCUUCAGCAGCAGGUUCCUCGGGGACAGGGCCCUGCAGGUCCGCUUGGGGAUGCACACGGGCCCUGUUGUAGCUGGCGUGGUCGGCUUUAACAUGCCGCGUUACUCGGUGUUCGGCGACACUGUCGGCGUCGCACUAACGAUGGAAACAACCGGGGAAGGCAUGAAGAUUCAGGCUAGCGAGGACUGUGCGAAUCUUCUGCUAGGUAUAGGUGGCUUCCGCAUGGUCCAACGUGGUGAUGUUGAUAUCAAGGAAGGGAAGUCCAUCAAAACCUACUGGAUUUAUGGAAAGGAUGGUUUCAACAAGCCCUUACCGGAGGAGAUCGUCCCGGAGUUAGAAUGUUAGCCGUGAGGGCAGUACAGACA